UGCUCCAUGUUCAGGGAUGAAGAGAAAGGGAAGAAGAUGUGGAGUAAAUAUCUAGAGAGAGAAGACAGUAAGAUAGUCGACCUGUUUGUAGGGCAGCUGAAGAGCUCUCUCACCUGCAGCCACUGUGGUUUCUGCUCCACUGUCUUCGACCCCUUCUGGGAUCUCUCUCUACCUAUCGCCAAGAAGGGCUACGGCGAGGUGAGUCUGAUGGACUGCAUGCGGCUCUUCACCAAAGAAGACGUCCUCGACGGAGACGAGAAGCCGGUAAGUGUCCAAAAACCAACAGAACACGAAUAGUCGCUCAGUUUUUGGAAAGA